CGCCUUUUAUUAGAGCUUUGAACAAAGUAGUUCUCUCUCCUCUCAGCGACCUGCUCUCCAGUUUCCAUUCCAACCAAACCAGAGAAUUUAGGGAGUAAGAGAAACAUCAACCAAAUAUAAUAUCAGCAACCCAUUUUCACUCAAGCUCACUCACACUCAAGCUUACCCAAUAGCUUGAAAGUAGAAAUCAAUACAUGGGACCAAUGGAAGAGGGAGCUGCUGAGACAAAUUACACCAAGCCCUUGGGGAUUCGAUACAUAGAGUACAUAAAAAGAUCGAAGAUUUCAUACAAAACCCACCAAGUUAUUGUUUUGAUUGUUACUUUUCUAGCCUAUGCAAGCUACCAUGCUGCCCGGAAAACCACUAGUGUGGUCAAGAGUACUCUUGAUCCUGCAUCCGAUGAGGUGGGGUUGAGGUUCUUGUCAUGGAGGAUGAGUUACUUGGGUCAACCAGGGGAAAGAAGGAGACGAUUUUCGUGGAUUCUUGGAGAUGGAUGGGCACCAUUUGAUGGAUCAGAUGGAACAGCCUUGCUUGGUGAAAUUGAUGUAGCUUUUCUAGCUGUUUAUGCUAUAGGAAUGUACUUUUCUGGUCAUUUGGGUGAUAGAUUAAAUUUGAGGAUUUUUUUGACUAUAGGAAUGGUGGGAACGGGUGUGUUUACUUCGCUGUUUGGAAUUGGGUAUUGGGGAAACAUUCACAGCUUCUAUUACUACCUUGGGGUUCAAAUGGUUGCUGGUUUGUUCCAAUCGACGGGGUGGCCUUCGGUGGUUGCAGUGGUUGGUAAUUGGUUUGGGAAGAAGAAGAGAGGGUUGAUAAUGGGGAUAUGGAAUGCUCACACUUCUGUUGGGAACAUUACUGGGUCUUUGGUUGCUUCUGCUUUAUUGCAAUAUGGAUGGGGUUGGUCUUUUGUAGUGCCUGGUUUGAUGAUUGCUACAAUUGGUGUGGUGGUUUUUCUGUUCUUACCGGUUAGUCCUGAGUCUGUGGGAGUUAGCGAAGAGGAUGAAUUAGACUCUCCAAAGAAAAGCGGGGCGGAAGAGACUGAACCAUUGUUGACAUCAAGGGCAGAGGUGAAGGAUCAACCUGUGGGGUUCAUUGAAGCUUGGAAAAUUCCUGGUGUUGCUCCUUUUGCUCUUUGCCUGUUCUUUUCCAAAUUGGUGGCUUAUACAUUUCUCUAUUGGCUUCCUUUCUACAUUAGCCAUACAGCUAUUGAUGGGCAGUACUUAUCAGAUGCGGCGUCUGGUACCUUAUCGACAUUGUUUGAUGUAGGAGGUGUGCUUGGAGGAAUCCUUGCCGGACAUAUUUCUGACCGGUUAGAUGCUAGAGCAAUAACAGCUGCUAGUUUCAUGUAUUGUGCUAUCCCUGCUCUCUUUUUAUACCGGAGCUAUGGAAGCAUAUCCUUGACUGUAAACAUUAUCCUUAUGUUCAUCACCGGCAUGUUUGUUAACGGGCCAUAUGCCCUAAUAACAACGGCCGUCUCAGCAGACCUGGGAACACAUAGCUCGUUGCGUGGAAACUCGAGGGCAUUGGCAACUGUAACUGCUAUUAUCGAUGGAACUGGCUCCGUAGGGGCUGCAAUUGGUCCAUUGGUAACUGGCUAUAUUUCUGCUGAGAGCUGGAGUGCAGUUUUCACAAUGCUGAUGGGAGCAGCUCUAAUUGCAGGGUUGCUUCUAACUAGGCUUGUUAUAGCCGAGGUUUCUGCAAAGAUCGAAGAAUCAAGAAUGCGUAGGGGCUCUACUUCAAGGUCUCAACCUGCUGUAGUUGAUGUGUGACGAUAUAUAAGCAGAUUGUGGUGGUUUUCAUCUUUUAUUGUAUACACAACUUCUGCUUCAAAGUUCAGAGUUCUUGCUCAUCAAAUGAAGAGGAGAACCUCUAUUUAGGGACAAAGGAGAUGAUUUUCUUAAGCCUUCCCCAUUGAUUUACUUAUAGAACUGAACUGGAAGUUCAGGAAGGGAAAGAAUAGAAAAGGGGUGGGAGUUUUUAGUGUUGUGGUUUGUAAUAUAUGUAUGUGUAUACAUUUUUUUGUAUGUCUUAUGAUAUUAAUCUCAGCAUGAUUCAGA